AUGACAAACCCCAUGAUGUCUGUGAACCCUUUAUUGGCAGCAUCAGGACAUCAGAGGAUCCCACUGAUUCCUGCACCAUAUGGGCCUCCAAUUGUGGACAGAGAUGUCAUUGUGGCUCCAGCUGGACCAAGUCAGUUUUGUGUUCCUUCCCAGUCUGGAUCCUCUCUUGUUCCCAACGCAAAUGUGCUAAACCGGCUGUCGGGUCACUUCUACCCAGGCUGGGGCAUUUUACCACCUGAACCCACAAAGGCAGUGGCCACAAGGAACGAGAUGUUCGAGAGACAUCAUACUGCCAGGGCAGAAAUGGAAAUGUAUUCUCUUCACCAGCAAAGGAGGAUGGAAAGAGUUAAUCCCAAGGGACUGGCUGGCCCAGGGGUACCCCUCUUUUAUGGCUUGAGUUGCCUGGGUGGCCCUGCAGGCUUCCAAGGCAGGGGCACACUGCCUGCCAAUGAUCUGCAUUUACACAGAAGCACCUCCAGACACCUUCAGGAAAACCCUAUUCUACUGGGGAAUAGACCACACUUUACAGAAUGCUGGGGCCAGAAAUACCGACUCAGGAGAGGCUCAGUUUAUCAGAAACCUCUAGAGAGCGACACUGAGAGUUUCAAAAAUCAAGCAGAAGAAAAAGACUCAGGCCAGAUGCCUGUGGUUCCCUGCAAAGAGGAAGAGGAUAGCAAAGACCCGGAAAUUGAAGUAGACAACAUCCAGAAGUCAAGGGAAACUGAUGAGAAGCCAACCUGGGGCCUCGCCAACACCUGCAUAGAGCCGCAGCCAAGUCAGACAAAACCCUCUUCCCCAGAAGCCAAGGCUCGGGAUGGUGGGAAGGAAAAGCCCUCAGAGCAGGUCUGUGGAGGCCGUGAUGAAAAGAAUGGGCUUGGUCUGCCGAUUUCCAUAUUGCCUCUGCCAGGAGCACAGGCACUGGGUGCACUCAGCGAAGCCUGUUCCUCGGCUGAUAUUCAGAAGUGGACCGUAGAUGACGUCCAUGACUUCAUCAGAAGCCUGCCAGGGUGCUCAGACUAUGCCCAGGUAUUUAAGGAUCAUGCAAUUGAUGGAGAAACACUGCCCCUUCUCACCGAGCAACAUCUUCGAGGCACCAUGGGGCUGAAACUAGGACCAGCACUAAAAAUUCAAUCCCAGGUAUCUCAGCAUGUGGGAAGUACGUUCUGUAAGAAAAUUCCUCCACUCCCCACCCAUGCAAGGCGAACACCUGAUCAUCCAGCAGACGCAUCCCCUCCUGUGGCUAUUGACCCCUAG